AUGCUGCCGGCGGGCGCCGUGGCUGCUGCCUGCCGAGGCCGCCCCUUCGCGCCGCCGUGCGAAGGCUCGGCUGCGCGGCCCGAGUCGGCGACGUGGCCGCGCUGGCGCGCGCUGGCGGUGGCCAGCCACGUCGCGGCGUUCUUCACCAACCCGCCCAUCCUUGCGUACCUCAUGAUCGCGCUACAGAAGCGUACCAUCGCCGCCGGCUACACCUUCGUCCGGGGAGUUGUUCGCGCUGAUCUUGUAACGCUGGAGGAGAUGACGCUGUUCAUGCCGAUCGUCUGGAGGCAGCUGUUCGUGCCGAUCGCUCUGAUGGCGCUAGUCGUGCCGACCUGCAAGGCCCAGCUGGCGGGGAGGCAGUUCGUGCCGAUCGUCUGGAGGUGGAUGUUCGCACCGAUCGCCCUGAUGGCGCUGGCCGUGCAGAUGAAUGUGAUGGAGCAGUUCCUGCCGAUCGCCUUGAUGCAGAUAUUCGCCCUGAUCGCGCUGAUGGCGCUGGUCGCGCCGAUCUUCUGGGCACGGCUGCAGGCGAUGAAGCCGUUCAUGCCGGUCAUCUGGGUGAAGCCGCUCGCGCCGACUGUCUGCUGGGUGCUGAGUUGCCUCCUGCCCGUCGCCCUGUUCAGCCUGUCCCUGAGGGCGGGAAGGGCGCCGAUGCGGAGAUGGCCCCUUGGUACCAGCUGCCGAGUGCGCUGCCGCCCCCGGCCUACGCCGCGCCGGCACGGCGGCCGCGGCCGUCGCCAGCACCGCCCACCUACCUCGCCGAGUUCUUCGAGCUUGCUGCCGCCGCUCCGUGCGCCGCCGCCGCCGCCACCCCGAGACGCAUGCCGGCGCGCGCAGCCCGCUCCGAAGCGCACCGCUGCUGCUUUGGACGUGGAGGAGAGCCAGACUGCAGCUGAGGAGACGCUCGAUGAGACCGCGGCCCCCAUGCAGCGAAUCCACGGCGCGGACGAGUCCGCCGAGAGCGGGCCUGACAGCCACGGGCGGCAGGAGGCGGUCGGGUCCGCUGAGAGCGACUCGUGCUCCACGGUCGACUCCGAGGACUUCGGGCACCCGCGCGGCGCAGGCGAUGCCGCGGCUCGCAGAGAAGGCGCUGCUGUCAGCCGCUCGGGCGACAGGCCGUGGCUGCGGAUCGCGGACCACCAGGUGAUGCUCAUUGUCCCUACGCCCACGCUACCGCUCCGGAGGGUGUUGACACCGAUGCUCGUGCACGACUCCGUGAUCUACGACCCGAUCCGCUUCCUGCUGAAGCCGAGCCCCCGAGCCCCCGAG